AACAUAGCAUUCCGAACAGAGCAAUAUGUAUUCAUUUCCUAGCUAAUCAUUUACACUUGUCCUUAAGUGAGCAUAUAUUUCAUUGGUUAUUUGCUAUUUAGAUGCUUCAGACAUUGGGAGAAUCUGGUCCUCAAAAUUCUGAUUCAGAAGACACUCCUCUUGUACACCAUUCUCCAGUGCCUGAUCGUCCAGAUAUGACAUAUCGAUAUUAUGUAAUUCGUGAUAAAAUAGAAAUGGGACAGAUGGCAUCAAUUUUUUUUAAUAAGUUUGGUAUAACUCUGUUUUAUAUCUGUUUCGCUGUAUCUUAUGGAGAUUUGAGCAUUUAUGGAGCAAGCUGUUGCAAAAACUUUAGCUGACUGUUGCUUGUAUAUCAACCAUUAAAUUUUACUUGUAACGAUACCAACGAUACCGAGCUCUGUUGGGAAGAGGGUUCUGUAAAUCUGGCAGAUGCAUAUAGGAUAUUCCUUAGUAUGUUCGUAUUCUUAUUGGGACCUUUUGUAUUUUUCAAUAUUCAAAAAAACAAGUAUCUUCAAUUUCUAACAUCAGCAAUGAGAUGGCUUGCAUUUACAAUAAUGAUUGUGUAUGCUGUAAAAAAUUUAAUCGUUCAUGGGGCACAAGGAAAUCCUCCAACAGCAAAUAUCAUGGCAAGAAGUUUCUCAACGAAUGGUUUUUAUGCAACACAUAGUCUGAGUACUUUAAUAAAACAACCAAACAUGAAAGUUCAAAUAUUACCUGCACUUCAAGAUAAUUAUAUGUAUCUUAUCAUCGACGAAGCAUCGCAAGAAGCUGCUGUUGUUGAUCCUGUUGAUCCUGACAGCGUUUUGUCUGUUGUUCUACAAAAUAAUCUAAAUUUGACAAAAGUUUUAACUACUCAUCACCAUUGGGAUCAUGCAGGAGGAAAUGCGAAGUUAUGUAAGAAAUUCAAUAAAUUACAAGUAUACGGUGGUGAUGAUAGAAUAGAAGCACUCACUCAUAAAGUAAAGCACAAUGACACUUUCAAUAUUGGAAAAUUACAAGUUAAAUGUCUUGCAACACCGUGCCAUACCACUGGACAUAUCUGUUAUUAUGUUGUAGGAGAUCAAAAUUCUCCAGCACUUUUUUCAGGAGACACACUUUUUGCUGGUGGCUGUGGAAGAUUUUUUGAGGGCACUGCAGAACAAAUGUAUACAGCACUUAUAAAGAUCUUGGGAUCAUUGCCUGAUGAAACUAAAGUGUACUGUGGUCACGAGUACACGGGAAACAAUUUGAAAUUUGGUAAGUUUGUGGAGCCAGAAAAUAGCGCUAUUCAUAAAAAAAUGGAAUGGGUUCGUAUUCAGCGCGAAAAGAAUCAUCCUACCGUGCCAAGUACUAUCGAGGAAGAAAAAUUGACGAACCCGUUUAUGCGAGUUCAUGAAAAAUCUGUUAUGGAUCAUACCGAACAAAAGGAUCCAAUUCAAACUAUGGCAUUUCUCAGACGAGAAAAGGAUAAUUUCAAAUCAUAAGUUUGAAAUCAUGAUUUUUUUUAGAAAAGAUUUUUGUUAAUCAUGUUUACAAAACUUUAUUUUCAUUUAUUAUACAUAAAUAUUAACAUAUGUGCAAAUAUGUGAUUAUAAAUUACGUAUUUACAAAUAUUUAUUUUAUAUAUUAAUACUAUGUUAUAUUUAAAGACAUUUGGUUCGGUGUGUCUUCCGAUUUUUUAUUAUAAAUUUGCAUUUCAGCAACAUA